UCUCCCUCCCUCUGUCUGUCUGUCUGGGCGCAUCCGUCUCAGAAGCAAAGUAGCUAACCAUUGAUUAUUUGCUAUUUAUCACCAAAUUAUGCCGCAAACUCAUCCUGAGUUUGAAAAUAAAUGUCACACUUUCCAGCUUUGAGAAGAAGAAGCGAAGACUAGCAUACGUUGAACGAUGAAAAGUUGUUGACCUCACUGGAGCUGGUCUGACUGAAGGGUUCGGGAUUGACAAGAUGUGUCCCAGUUCCAGUGUGGAUGGACCGCCAAGCGCUAUUUGUAGAGGAGGCACUGGCAGCAGCAGCAACAACAACAACAACAACAGCAGCAGCAACAGCACUGAAAAUAGUGGAAAUUCGGGUUCCCAGUAUGCACUCUGUGCUCUGGGGGUCGGGCUCGUUGCCCUCGGCGUCGUGAUGAUCGUGUGGAGUGUGGUACCUGCAGACAUGGCCGGUAAUAGCAGCAGCAGUUCAGGAGGAGAUGGUGAUACCAGUGGCAGGAAACAUAAAGCGUCUUCUGUGGCCUUUGUCUUGGUGGGGUCUGGGGUGGUCAUGCUGCUGCUGUCCUUGUGUCUGGGAAUGAGGAACAAACAGCGAGAGCAGCAGAGGCUCCAGCAGGCCCAGAACCACAUGUUAGUGGCAGCGAGGGAGCAGGAGGAAAGAGAAACCGCUGAGGAACAAACCCACCGUUAUGCUGUACCGAGCUAUGAAGAGGUAGUAGGCAGUGGCCAGUACCCUGUCCGUCAAAGCAACCCUCGCCCAAGCACCUCCCAGCUACCUUCCUAUGAUGACCUUGUCCAAGUUGAUGGUGUACAGUAUGAAUUUGAAGGGUCAGAGGCCACAACUACCGGAUCCCAGCCUGCUCCAGCUUCUAUUGCUUCCGCUGCUCCCGGUGCUGCUGCUUCUACAUCAAAUCGCAGAGCUGGGAAAAAUAGCCGUAAACUCCUCCCUAUCAAGAUCCGACGGAUAAAAUCAGAGAAGCUGCCCAUGAAAAACGUUGAUAACUCUCAGCCAGCACCUGGAUUCAAUAUAGAACCACUUACCCCUCCUCCGCAGUAUGAAGAUAAAGUGCCUCCGCUAUAAGAUCAAGCUGAUCUUGUUUACAACAAUCUACAGAAAUUCCUUUGAAUCCUCCAUGAUCCCGUUUUGUGGAUCUGCGUUUUUAAACCAAGAUUUGAAGAUGGCUCUUCUUGAAGAGCAUUCUCAGUGGCACCUUUUUAUACAGUAUCUGUUCUAAUUCAUCAUUAGUGCCACAUCGAUCCAAAGCACGGACCACAGAAACAUUAAAGAGCUCAUAUUAUGCUCAUUUUCAGGUUCAUAAUGGUGUUUUGAGUUGUACCAGAAUAGGUUUACAUGGUUUAAUCUUCAAAAAACACCAUCUUUUGUUGAACUGCACAUUGUUGCAGCUCCUCUUUUCACCCUGUAUGUUGAGCUCUCUGUUUUAGCUACCAAGUGAGGCAUCUCACUUCUGUUGUUCUCCAUCUUUGUUGGGAGUCUCACAUGCGCAGUAGCUACGUAAGGACAACCAGCCAGUCAGUAGCAGAGUAUGAGGGGCGUGCCACACUAGCAGCUAAGCAAGGAUUAUAACGUGUUACAAAAUGAUGCAGGUUUGUCACGGAAGUAAAGGCUGGACUACAACAGAGCUGUUUGGAGCAGUUUGUGAACAGUGUUUUCUGUUGGAGACAGUAAGUCCCUUUGGGAUGGACUUUGGGCUUUUUCACUUUUGUAAACCUACAACAUGCACAAUAAAAAGAUAUAAUACAAUAAAGGAAAAGGGGAAAUUCCAAAAGCAUAAUAUGAGCACUUCAAUAUCUUUUUUUUUUAAAUUUUGGACCACUGAAACAGAUAGUGACGGACAUAGGUGCUGGAUCCUUGCUCACUGUGUCACUCUGUGGCACAUUGCAUUGAAAGCACACAACAUGUCGUUCUCAUUCAUGUCAAAGUCAUUUUCUGUUUAUGCAUUUUCCACUGCGCAAACUAAAGAUGUGAGUUGACGAUAAAAGAGAUUAUAGGACAUCAAUGAGCAGUUAUGGUUCAUUUGUGAACUAGCUGCUGCGGUUUGGGAUUACUGCUCCCGCUAAAUGCAGGCUUCAUGGUGAGUGACUGAGCAUUGUAUGUGCUCAGCUGGGAUGGCCUGAUGUUGUAUGCUAUACAGUUACACUCCCUUUGUGUCAACAAUAUUGUCUCUCCUGGUCCUCUACUUCUCUAUUAGCUUCUGUUGCACUAGCUUUGUUUCUGGCUCCUUGAAAAGCUGAAACAUGGUCCUGGGGUUUCCUUUACGUAUUCCAAGAAAGGGUUUCUACUGGACAGCACAAACUUCUAUUUUUGACCAGCUUUGUUUUAUUAUGGUUAAAACAAUGUGAACCUUUGCUAGCAUUUAUCAGCUACAGCUCCCAUGACUCUUAGCCAUAGGCACUCAACCAAAACCUAAUGGCAAUUGUAGUAGUUGAAUGCAAACAAAAUAUCACUUGUGUUAUCUUAGUAAGAAGUCAGUGAUAUGUUAGCAUCAAGUACAGCAGCAUGCUCAAAGGAAAACCCAAGUUUAUGUUUUACCUUAGAAAGACAAACCCCUGGUCACUAUUAGGUUACUUUUUAAGAGAAACUACUUUCUUGGAAGAAACUAUUUCUAGGAAGUUUAUAGCCUCGUCUUAUGAAGUAUUUGUUAGCUCAUGCUAACUGACUGCAGAAAGUUUUGCCCUCCAGGUGUUCACUACACACUGAAGUACAAGUGCCUUUGUGUUCAUAACAACACUGCUGCUCUCCCUAAAACAUUUCAAAAGACACUGCUAUAACCAGAGCAUUAUUAUUUUGCUACUAAUUCAGUGUUGCUCCUAUUCUUGCAAACAGCAGGUAGAGAAGGAAGUCUGUGAGAGCAUAAUGGAAGGAGCUCGUGAAUAGUUAAAAGCCUUUAUCCUGUAGCCAUGGUGAACACUGGCAGCAGUGUAGUCUGCCUCUUUCUGGGCUUGUUUCAUAAACUGGAGAUGACCAACAGAAAGACUCUUUGACUGUGCAGCUGUGCCAUAACAAGAACAACCAUUGCGCACUCGUUUGCUCAUCACCAUUCCUUCAGCCACAGCUUGACUUGCCUGUUUUCACUUAGAAGAAUGCAAAAAAUGAGCAGAACAGAGAAGAAAGACAGCUGUUCAGAUAACUGGUUUGAAUUGAAUCACCAUGCACUAUGUUAUCAAUACCGUCAGCAAAGUCUCCUUUCUUCUUUAAGUUAGAGUUGUUUUGAUAUAAACAGUUGAUUCCCCACUCAUUCAAUGGCACUUUUUUAUUAGGGACUUCAUUACCUAGUUCUGCACUAGUUUGUUUAAGUAAAAUACAAAUGAAGUUCAUAAAACACAGCUACGCAAUCAUCGUCAGUUGGACAGAUUAUGUGUGUAUUGCCAAGUUUUCUGUCAAACAAAAGGCAACAAGGUCCUUCAAGGUUGUCAUUGAAAUUCAACAGUUCAAUGUCCCCAUUUUUCUCACUUAUUUUUAAAGUGGAAACUUGGUCUAUUUAUUUGUGGUAAUGUUCAGUGCUGGAGACAUAGCCAUUGUACCUCAUUUGCAAAGGACCAGUUAACUACAUGAAUGAUUUUAAUACUACGUAGUGAAAAUGUUUUACAUUGAAGAAAUGAGUGUUUUGAUUUAGCAGUCACUUUGUUUUACCCAGAUGAGUGUCUGAAACACAUGCUCUUUGUUUAUUUGUAAUUUCUUAUUUUAUUACUUAAAUCUAUAUUUCUUUUUUAUGUACUGUGAAAAUGUGCUUUUCUAUGACAAUUCUAAUUUGUUUGGAUUUUUUCAUCUCUGAAGAGUAAAAACAAAUGUGUCUCAUGAAUAUUUUAUGAGAAAUAAAAGGAAGUAUUUGUUAAUUAA